UUUCUAUAAAGCUACACUGUUUUUAACAAUUAUAUAACCUUUCUGCUUCUUAAUGCUAGCCUUAUAAAUUUUCACUCACGUUAUUUAAUUUAUAAACUUGUGAUACAUCAUGCCCUUAUUCUCCAAUAAAUUUUCUCCUAAAAAAACACCGACUAGAAAGGCAUCAGUUUUCUUAGCAAACAAAAACUUAAGUCCUAAAAGAAUAGAAAAAGAACUCGGCCCUGAAGUAGGUCCUAUACGUCUUCGUCUUGGAGACCAGGAAGCUGUUUUUGAGGCUGGCCUUUGGAUUCCAGAAUCAGGCAGGGUGGGAGGUACUUUCAAAGAGAAUGAAAAAUUAAAAAAAGAAGUAAGGCGAUUGGAGGAAGAGAAUAACUUGUUAAAACUAAAAUUUGAUGUACUAUUAGAUAUGUUAACGCAAACAACCGCCGAGGCUCAUUUACAAAGAGAAGAAUUGGAGAGAUUAAAAAAUAAUUUUUCUCAUAAUAGGAGAGUUGUCACUUAGUUUCAAGCACUGGCAUUUUACUAACAAUUAAGGAAACAAUGACUACAAAAUAAGAUCAAUUAAUUUAAUUAUUCAUUUAAAGAGUCAAAUUAUAUCUUUUAAC